AAACUUUUGUCUAUGCUCAAAGGCCAAAAUGGAAGAUACGGAUUGACAAGUUUGUAAUUUUCAUAAAUUUUAUUUUUUGGGUUUGCAAAUGUUUCUUGAGCUAUUACAUUAUCAAGCUACAUCCAUUAAAGCCGGAACUUACAGGUGGUGGUGUCCUUCCAAUAUAAAGUGCAACAUAGUUAUUUAAGGUGUCGCAACAAGUCGAAAAAUAGCUUUGGUAUGAUGAUAACAAAAGAUAUAAAAAUUCAGCCUUGUCUGGUUAUGUGCUCUUUUUCGUUACAUGUGUACCGCAGGGAUUAGCGAGUCAUGAAUGUUCGAAAUCGUGAAAGUUCAGUGAUGUGUACGUAACUGUAUGAGGAGAUUAUAGGGUUUGUGACGUCACUAGAGCGAAAAGACAAUAAAAUUUCGCUACUCCCGUGUGAUGUUUACGAAUCUUGGCUGGUAAGUAUCUGUGUGAUAUCAUUGGUGCAGUGAGGGGAGGUUCACGGCGCAGAGGAGGUGUUCCGCGAGGAUGGGCGGCGAUGUCUGCCCCCUCCGAUAGCGCUGCGAGCCCUUCACCAUGUGCGUGCACCAAUAUAUCGCUUAUGCAAUUGUUCCAUGAGCUAAAACAAAAGUUUCCGGGUGUCCCCGACCAUGUUGUGUCCAACACUAUUGAGCUAUACUGUCACGACAAGAAAGCUUGUGAGACACACCUCCAUAGCGAAGUCAAAGCCUCCUUAACGCACGCCUACCAUGCCUCCUCGUCGGCCGCAGCGCGCCAGCUCAGCAAGCUCCGAGACAACCUCCCUCUCAAAUGCCGCAACCAGCCUGUAGUCCAGUACCAAGUUGCCCAGAUAACUGCCGUCGAGUCAACUUGCCAGGGUCCCCAGCAGGCUGUGAUUAGCAACAACAUAGAGUCAGAUGAGGAGAAACCCAAGUUAAACACAGAUGCAAACCAAAAUGUUGUUGAUAGUAAACCAAAUGUCACAAACAAUGCUCUGUCUCCAGUAACUAUUAUAAACAUUGACAACUGCUAUGCAAAAUACCACGCUGAAUCACCCAGCGACCUGGAGUUAACUAAUGAGAACAAUACAGAAGAAAAGAAAAUCCAAGAGGAUCUAAUAUCCAAUGAAUGCAAACAGGCUGAGCAAAUAAAGAAUUGUGAACAACCAGGGAGCACCAAUUACAAGAUUCUGAAAAGCAAUAAGGUAAAGGCCAAUUUACAUGAAAAGUUAGAGGGUAAGAAGGAGGUAAAGGAGAAAAAAACAAUAAAGCAAGAACCACAGCCUGCAUCCCCGCAAGAAACAGUUCUGCAAGAAACAGUUCCACAAGAAACAGUUCCGCAAGAAAAACCCCAGCGACCUAACACACUGAACUUUAUCAAACCAAAUCCAGACAUUGCAUUUAAAGAGAAUUUAAAACAACCAGAAGCUGAGAACUGUCGGACUGUCUCCCCUGCACCAUCAGUACAAAAACCAGAAAGCAAAGAAAAAAAACCUGAUUCAGGUUCCUACAGACCUGGGUAUCCUUUAAACUUAUCUGUGAAUGUUAACUGUCAUAUGGACAUUAGUCAUGGUUACGGGUUAGAAGAUUACGAUAGUCCAAGAGCUAUAACAUCAGUUAAUUUAACAGUUUGUACUCCAACAUCCAACAUGGCGAGUCCUGUGAGGGAUACGCGGGAGGAAGAAGGGGGGUUUGAAGGGCAUGUGACUGUUACUGUGAGCCCUAGCACUGCGCGGCCGCAACAAGUUAGACGCAGGGCUCCACCGCCGCCGCAGUCGUCGCGUAUAGAGUCCCCCAGGCCCAUGAGGGCAGCUCCUGAACCACCUGGACAAUCAUAUGAUCGCAACCUCAUCGAGCGUCAAAAAGAGCGUCUAGCAAGAUUAGCGUCAGCGCUAGCGCAAGAGAAGGGUUGUUUGGCCCAGCUGAACCGGGAGACGCAGGUCCUGGCCGCGGCGCCGCCCUCGCCCAGCGCUGUGCAGAUGCUGCGGGACUGUGUGGAGAGGCUGCGGGAUGAGUGUGACACGCUCGCUAAGAGGCUGGAGAUGCGGGGUAGCGCCCGUGUAAUGCGCGUUGCAGAAACGGACGACUCUGGCAACUUCUACAGCAACAUCUACACGGGGCAGCGGCCCACCGCCUCGUGGCAGUGCCACAUGUGCACCUUCCGCAACCACCCCCUGCUGGACAAGUGCGAAGAGUGUGACAUGCCCCGGAUAUUUGUAGGUACGUCCCCUGCCAUGACCCACGACUCGGGGUUCGGCUCCUUCAGAGACAGGAAUAGGAGAGGUGCUAAUAUACAGUCCACUGAUGUCACCGACGCACCGAUCUCUAAUUUGGUCAGCGAUUACCGGGCAGUUAAUGUAUAGCCCGUAAAAAUCUGGAUCUUGAUUGGUACUAGCUUCAAUUCAUUCACUAUAUGCCGUGAAUGGCUAUUUAACUUCUGAUAACUGACACUGGUUCCUAAAACCUAUGCCCAAUUGUGGGUGAACUUAUGAUACUGAUGAAAAAUUCAUCAAAGUGACUGUCAAUGUGUAUAAAAGUGUACAUUAAGUGUUUUAACUAAAACUCAUGUUUUUACAAAGGAGGCUACUAAAGUACUAAAACAGUGUUGUGCGUGAACUUUGAACUAUAACCUAGCAUGUGGCAUGACCACUGUGUAAGAAUAUGCCAGUUCGUAUAAGACUUUUGGAAAGGAGGUUGGCAUUUUCUUGUUUUUUUCUUGUCGUUGUUCCAAAUGUUCCUGAUUGAUACUGGACAUUUGUUGCAUGUGUGUUCGUUUUUGUAUUUGAAUUAACUUUCAUAUUAUAAGAUUUUAGAUUUAGACUUAUGUGUAUAUACCAGAAGAUUUAUCAGUUACCGGGCUGUAUGUAGUUUAUUAUAUUACUUGAUGAUACCUGUGACUUCGUCUGCAUAGAUUUAGGUUUUGAUAAACCCUUGGAGGCUAUUAUCUGGAAUAAACAAUGGCUUAUGUCUGUCUAUGAGACACAAGCUAUCUUUGUAAGUACCUUUCGUCAAAAUCGGUUGAGCAGAUAGUCCUGGAAAAAGUGGAAAUCAGACAUACUUUCGCAUUUAUGUUAAUUAGUAUGGAUAAUACUUACUAAUCAUACCGAUAAGUAAAGUAAUUUUAAACAAAAAAUAUAAUGAUAUUUAUAAAGGGAAUUUCCCAUUGUAAUUGGUAGCAAUAAAUAUUUUCCUGAAGAUACAAAAAUAUAUCAGAAUAGCCAAGGUGGUCUUAUCUAAAUUUUUAUGAAAUUAUCAAUUUUUUACCUAUAUUAUGCGAUUGUAAUAUGAAUUAUUAUAAAACGAAGUAUGUGAUAGAAGUUUUUUUAAUGUAAGGAAACUAUGAAAUUUUAUGAGAUAGAUGUAUGUUUGUUACAUUACUUUAUAAUUAUUAUUAGGUUACUACCAAUAUUUAAUAAUAUUUAUUUGUUUUGACUAUUAUUAUUAGGCUGAUUAAUAAAUAAAUACAUCACUUGUUAUCUGGUCAAACUCGAGGCAUCACAAGAUCUCAUUCAAAGACUAUUUGAAGCGCCUUGCCAAAAAAUGAAUUAUAAAAUUAUACAUUUUUCAGGCAUUCUCUAGCCAUAUCGUAUUUUUAAAAUAUUGCUCAACUUGCUAUUUUGCUCAGAUUAGAAAAUUUAAUACAUCAC